CGGACAUUUAUUGAGAGGCCUGCGUCUGAAUCAAACACUCUGCUCGCGAAACCUACUUUCGUGCAGUUGACUGCCCGUUUUAUUUUAGGAUCUUUUGACCAUAUGCGAGCAGGAUGAACAUCUUCAGACUAGCUGGAGAUCUCUCACAUCUUCUGGCCAUUCUAGUGUUAUUAUGGAAAAUAUGGAAAACAAGAUCGUGCGCCGGUAAGUUAAAGACAUCCUUUCAGAAAUUGAACAAAACAUUUUUCCUGUCCUUUUUCACGAUAAAUUUCUUGAGGGACAUUUAUCAGAAUAUGGCUCAACAAAGGGGUUUGCGUUCGCUAAUUUUAACUGCUUUUUAGUUCUAUAGUGAUGUAAGACGCCAAACCUCUGCAAUGAAACACUUGUAUACAUGUUUGUUGUACCAAGGACUGUUGUCUAAUUUUUGUACACGUGUAACAACGGUACGGUGGCUUGUGUUUCAUUUUGAGGAGCGAUCGUUAUAACCAACGUCUAUGGAAGUAAAGCUUUACUAUUUCACUGAUGCAGCUCUGUUGUUCAGGGUAAAUUUCUCUUUGAUCUUUAUUUCGAACACUGAAUUAAGAUCUCCACGUCCUCAAUAAACCCUUUGUACUACGCCUGACUGUUUUCGUGAAUAGCAGUCUUGGGAUCAGAUAUCAUUUAUCAUCUGUGGAAAGGCUUCGUUGUCACUCAAUCACUCACCAAGAAUUUCAGCAGUUUUUCUGGACGAUGUUCCACAAAGAGGGACUGUUAUUAAACGUAUCAUGAAACAACUAUCCAUUUUAUCAAUUGUCUGAAUGAGCCUUUGGCUUCAAAUCUUCAAUGAACGCUAAUUAUUUCCCUUAACUUCUAAAUGAAUAAUAUUAUACUGCAAAAUAAUUAGAUGGUAUUAGCAGUUUUUGUGUGUGUUGAAAUCAUACCCUUUAUGAGCCAAAAGCUACCAUUUAUUUUUCCCUGAAACUAAAGAUACCAGGGAAUUAUCCCCUGUAAAUUAAAAUUCUAGCUGAUACAAAAAUUUGUUUCUUUUUUACAAUUUUCUCAAAUGGAAAAAAGUAGAGUAAUUAUUAUCAAUUUAUUGUCAAGACAGUGAGGGAGAGAAACAGAUGAGGUAGUAUUUCUCAGAGCAGAGAAUUCAACACGCUAAUUUAUUGCCAAGUAUGCGGAUAUUUCAAGAAAACUUUGGCUGUAAAUAUAUUUUGAUAUUUGGAGAAAGUGUAAUUCUGGGUCGUCUAAGAACUAAUAAGCUGAUUUCCUCUUUUGACUGAAUUGUGUACAAACAUUUAAAAAUAUUAUUGAGAAUAAUUUAGAUAAUUGAUAAAUUUUAGAAGUUUAGAGUUCAUUACCUUGCUAGAAAAUUAGUGUUGUGUGGUACAGUAAUUCUCUUUCUGUAGAACGAUAAGAGCAAGGGAUUCUUUACAAAUGUAUUCAUGCCAAUGAACUAUGGUAUUGUAACUAACAUGGCAGAGGCUUGAAUAAAAGCUGGUUACUGGCAGUUACCACUGGCAUCUGUUUAGUGUGCAAGGAGGCUCUUGUGCUUGCGUUUUGCCUCACUGCCCCUUUUUCUGGACACAGCUGAUUAAUACACCAUCAGCAGCAGUUUAUCGUAAAAUUUAUUGAAAUCCUAAGUGUAGUCCUUUUGCUGCUAUGGAGAUUUUGGAUAUUAGAUAUUUCCAUUAACACGUACUUCUUGUAUUAAACGCCAAAAUACUUUUUCCAUCAAAUGUUAACUUUUUUCCAUUUUUUCAGGUUUGUCAGGCAAGAGUCAAAUACUUUUUGCCUUAGUGUUCAGCACACGGUACCUUGAUCUGGUUUUGACAUUCAUCUCAGUAUAUAACACUGUGAUGAAGAUCAUCUAUCUUGUGUGUUCGUUUGGUACUGUUUACCUGAUGCUGGUCAAGUUUAAGGCAACAUAUGACUCCAACCAUGACACAUUCAGGAUCGAGUUCCUGCUUAUUCCUGUGGCUGGUCUGGCUUGUUUAGUAAACCAUGAGUUCUCAGUUCUGGAGGUAGAUUAAGUCAAAUAAUCAGAUAAACUAACAAAUUUUGGUAUUGUAGAAUGUACAUUGCCUUAAAGGCUUUUCACUUUGGCAAACCAAAGCCUUUAUUCAUUCAAAUUCACUGACUUUAAAAGAGUAACUUGUCAUGUUUGUAAUAGACUCACUCAACUAUCCACAUGGAGAAGAGGUCUUCACAUUUCACAAAUGUCUUCUUGACUUAACACAUCACCAGCAAUGACAAAAAAAAUUGAACUUAUAAAAUAUAUUUGUAGGUCAUAGUGAUUAACUUUUACUACUCUAGCUAUCUACUUCAUCUUUUAUUUAUUUUUUAAUUUUUUUUUUAUAGUUUUAUUCAUCUCCUUUUAGCUGGUUUGUUUUUAUUAAUAUUUUGAUUAUUUUGAGUAUAUUUUCUUUUUCUUUUUUUUAAUCUUUACUGUAAUUACUGCAAGUAGACCUAGAUUAUAAAUUAAUAACUUAAUUUAUUGAAAGAAUCAUUUUAAAUUAAUGUAAUGAUGUUUAAAAUCUCAGCUUGAAGGUAGCAGAAGAGCUGGAUUUUGACAAAAUGUCUAGACUUCCAAAUUACAUGUCCUUUUCAGUGCAAAGUAACUUUGGUAAAACACUUGUGGCUUUAACCCUUUAAACCCUAAGAGUGACCAGCAUCUAAUUUCUCCUGACAGUAAUACUGUUGAAUGAUUCAUUAAGACCAUGAGAAUAACAGAAAUGAUCAUCAACCUAGGAAGCUUUGAUUGAUAAACGAAUUCUCCUUGUCAACACCAAAGGAAAUAAAUAAAUUAAGAGUAUAGAGAAUAUAGUUACUGAUGUCAGGGUGUUAAGGGUUAACUUUAGGCUCUGUCAGAUGAGACAUUACAAUUUAAAACUAGUUACCUCUUACUUUAAAUUUAAAAUUAAUAAUUAAGAAUAACUACAACAGUAAUUCUUGAGAGAGAAAAGGGUAACAAAAAAAAAACCCAAAUCCAAACAGCUACACUUCCUCCCAUAUCAAAACAUGAUUGAAGUACAAGGAGUUUACAAAGCAAAAUCAUUCAUGCAUACAUCCUUUGUUUUUUUAAAAUUAAUUUGGUAUUUACAUGUAUUUGUUUGUUUCAGUACCAGCAAUGGCAAAAAUUACCACAUCCCCCAUUCCAAGUUGCUAUCGAGGCAAGUUUUUUGACUUGUCUUAAAAAUCAGUUUUUCCAUUUUUGUUAACAACUAGUAUCAAGUAACUGAUAACAUCGGAACGAUGACCUUUUAACUAUAACAAUAAUGACUGAUAACAUUUCAAUAAUCACCCAUAAAAUAUUAACUAAUCACAUUCUAGUAGGACCCUGCACCUAUGAGAUUCAUGUGUAGUGUAAAAAAGAGUGUAAGAGUGCUUUUUCUGUGUGUUCAGUAGGUUAUUAGGCUUACCAGCUGUUUUGCUUGGAAAAAGAUUAAACCUAAAAUCAGAGAAAGCUUAUGAAGGAGCUCUAAGGCAAAUAGAUUUGCAAGAUCUUCCGCAAAACUUGGAGUAAUUGAGAAAUGAAACUUUUUGUGAGAUAAGAGUGUUAUGCUUGUUCAAUUGAAAUAGGCUUAUGAUUAACACCAUCAAAUAUAAAAUCACAACUUGAGAUGAUAUUCAAAAUUGGAUUGGAGUAAAACCUGCUGAAGACUGUAGGGAGUCCAAAUGAUUUUCUAGUGGCUGUCACAUUGGAUGACUCAUGAAAAAGAAAUUUCUUUCAUGAAAGGAGGAUGUGUGAGAUACUUGAGUUCAAGAUCAUGGGGUCCUACUGAAUAACAUUUGCACAUAACCAUCAUUUAACAGAACAUUCAAUACAGUUUUAAUAGUCACUGUAAUUCCGUUUGUUUUUUAACAUUUUGCUGUAAGGGCUAAUCCUGGUUUGGUGAUUCAUGAAUUUCAAUAACUUUCACUAAUAACAACUAAAGGACAAUUGAAACUUUCUUCACAAUCAUUUAAUAUUUUUCACUUUUAAUAUCAGGUUCACUUGUGAAUUUUUUGCAUUUAACCCUUAAACUCCCUUGAGUGAACAAAACAGAAUUUCUCCUUACAUUAUUAAUACAGUAUCAAACAGGCAAAUGAUUAGAAUAAAGAGAGAGAUAAAAUAGGGGAUUAUUAGUUGACCCAAAAGCAAGCUCUCCAAAGUAACAUAAUUAGAUUUGUACAGGUGAUGGUAAGGAGAAUCACAAAUGAGAUCUUGGGAGAGGAAGGUUUAACUCAAAAAAAGAAUGGUUAAUGGUUACUCAAUCUGUUAGUUCAUCUUGUGUAAUUGUCUGGUGAAGGUAGGGCUGUUGUUGGUGAUAGUAACUUCUUUGACUGGCUGCACAGGGAGAUUUAAGCAGUAGAGUUGUAUUCCAAUGAAGUGGGAUUAUUUCACAUAAACUUCAGAGAUGUUCUCUACUCAGGGUGUGAAAAACAUCCAAUUGCCAUCAACAGGUGUACCUUAACCAGGAAAAUAACACCAAAAUAAAAUGAACUACUGUGUACAAGUGUUUUUAGGGUGCUAGGGUAGAUGAAACUAUUUUAUGUAUAGUCAUUACAAAGAUGAUUGAAACACUCAUAACUGCCUUAGCUUGAAAUCUUUGGGAAAUAAUAUAUUUUCCCAUUGUACUAAUUUCCGCUAAUUUCAGUCAGUGGUAUAAAUGCACAACACUCCUAGAAACCUAGUUUUGUCUUUAUAAUUAUCACUUCAUUUUCAGGAGUAGUCUUAAUUUUUGUACUUGCUCAUCACAUUUGAAUAUUUAGGUUUUCACAGACAAAAUGGAGGUUUAGGACAAGAAGAGGCUUUUUGGUGAUAAGAAAUGCCUCCUUAACAACAAUUUCCUUUUCAACUGCUUUUCUUAUGCUAUCAUCAAAGGAACUAUAUUGUAAUUGUGAUUUUAUUGAAGCAGAUUAACUCUCUCUGUAGAUCUUGUGGACCUUCUCCAUCUACUUGGAGUCAGUAGCCAUCUUGCCCCAGUUGUUUAUGAUAUCAAAGACUGGUGAAGCUGAGACCAUCACCAGCCACUAUUUGUUUGCACUUGGUGCCUACCGUGCUCUGUACAUCGUCAAUUGGAUCUACCGAUACUAUUUUGAGGGAUUCUAUGACUUUAUUGCCAUUGUAGCUGGAUGCGUACAAACAGCGCUUUACUGCGACUUCUUCUACUUGUAUAUUACCAAAGGUAAAGAUGAGUAUACCUUUUACCGAAUUUGAUCUUCAGCAUUGUUGAUCAUUUAAGUGUGAAGCACUCUUUUUUCAGCAUUAAGAGUUCAACACAUACUUUUUCAAGUUGGGAAGAGCAAUGCCUUUAUAUUUCACUUGGGAAAUAACUUUUUCUAUGCAGGAAGUGUCACUUGCAUCAGUAUCAUUUCUGAUUCGAACAUCAAGAUCAUAAAAAAGGAAAUGUUCACCAACCCUUCACAAUCCCUUGAUUCUCAAACAAAUUCUCCUUUUCAUUACCAUAGGAAAUGUAUAGAGAACAGUGUGGAGAAUUAGCAAACUAAUAUACAGGUGUAAAGGGUUAAGCUGCAGAAAAACCAAUCUGAGAACAUUUGAAAUCAAGAGAUUUCCCCCUUACUCUUAAAUGUGUUGAUAUACCUCUUCUACUUGUCUCUUUCCUUUAAGUGAGUGUCACAAAAAAAAAAAGUUUCAUGACAACUUAAGUUUCUGCAAAGAGAAUGAUUGUAUGUUGAUGAUGAUAGCAUUCACUUGAUUUUGCCACUUCUACACAGAGAAAUAUCCACACUUCCUUUAUGCAGGAGACUUGGCAGAUUGUAUAAGAGACUGGGUGGUUUUUUUUGUUUUUCUGCAAGACUGUAUUGUAAUCAAGGGUAACUAGCAUUUGUGAAGUAGUUGCGAUUUAUUUUUCUGUGAUUGAGUUGACUAAUAAGAUAAUAGUCUUCUUUCAUAUCCACUUUGAUGUUUUCUCAGAGAUAACACAUUCCUCUAUCAUAUUUCCUCUUUUAUAGUUCUUAAAGGAAAGUCUCUGAAGUUACCAGCAUAAAAUGACAGGAAAGAGACCUUUGGUUCAUCCGAGCAAGAUGACAAUUUGCUAGUAAACUUGCAGAAAACAUAUCACUGUAAUUUUUAGUGUAACAUUAAUUAAUUCCAUGAGGUGUCCAAGCUGUUUUUUCAUCUGAAUAUUUUUGUAGUUUCGUGGUUGGUGUUUGAAAACUGUGCAGUUGGAGUGUUUAACUUGAGCUAACAACUAUUACAUGGAAAGUCUUUAUUGCAGUUGUAUGUUUAACUCCAUUUUUUAGCAAGUGAAUAAGUUGCUUUUCAGUGUAAUCUUAUAAAGAAAUCAGAAAUGAUUAACUUAAUUGAGAAAAACAAAGAAAGUAUAGUUAACAACAAACACAUUGCAUAAUCUUCAUUUGGAAUUAUUUGCAUGCUUACAGAGAUUGCUAUAUCAAGCAGGUUUAUGUCAUAGAGGACAAAUUUAUUGUUGCUUAAACCUUUAAGUAUCAUUAUUAAUUUUUUUUCAUCCAUUUUCAUUCCUUGCUGGUCUUGAAAAUUAUUAUGCAAACAGUAGUAAGAACCAGUAAUUUGGAAACAAUCCAAUUAAGUUCUUUUGGAACUGGAACAUUAAAGACAAUUCAAGUUAUUCUUUGCAUGGAAGCCAAUGCGGUCAUACAAAGAGGAGCACUUUCAUGUCAUCCUAAUCUGAGAGAAUUUCAAUCAGCCCAGGAAAAUUUGGAGGACCACACCAACUAGCUGUCUACAUGUUUUCAUUAAAAUUAUUUUCUGUUGCAGAAAUCCAUGAUAACGCAGUUUUUCUCUUCCUUUAUUAAUUCAGGAAUCACUUUAUCUGAAAAUAACUGUGUAUUUAAUUUAGUCGGUAGGGUUUAAGUGUAUUUUUUUUAGAGGGUCUUUUUAAUACUAUCAGUGUUAGAUAUUAAUGUUCUAUUAAUAUGUAAUGCUAAUAAAUAACUUCAAGUGCUUUGGUCCUCCAAUGUUUGAUUGUCUUUCUUAUAAUUAAGCAAUUACAUAUAGAUUUAAGUUAAAGUUCUUAUUUUAUGAAUGAUAAAUAGACCUAUCUUACAUUUCUGUCCACCAGUCCACUUCAGGGUUAAUGGGCAGUUAAGAUAUCUUGGUCUUCAUCAAUCAUGUAACCAAAAUUAAACUUAGUGGAGAUUAUUGGGAUAACAAUCUCAUAUUCAAUAGAAAAGUUUUCUGUGCAAAUUUGUCACAACCUUGCCUUGCUUUAUAUUCACUGAGAUACAGAUGAACCUGCCACUAGAUAAGCACACUAAAAGAUUUCACUAAGUUUGCCCUUUAGACUCCAUGGAGUAUGGAAGAAAUGUAAUAUGUAAAUCUUCUCAAGAGUGGAUAUAAAGUGACGAGGGUGUAUUUUGAGCCAGGUGGAGAAAAAGCUCAUCAGAUGGAUUCCAUUUAUACCACCUAAACAAUGUAGACUUAAAAGUUGGCAAGUGUUAGUGUAAAGUUGCAUUUGAAUGCUGCUUUACUGUGGUGAGAGCUUUCAUCAAAUGAAAUAAAACUAGAAAAAGC